AUGAGCCUGCCGAGCCUCCCCGCGCCGAGUGCCGCGUGCGCCCUCCGCCCGGGGUCGGCGCCCGACGGGCCGGACAGGCGCCACAGCGGGCGCACGGGCGGGGGGGCGACCCCAGACCGGCGCCCCGGGCCCGCUCCCCCCGACCGCACCGGCUGCUCCGACCUCGCCCUGGAGCACCGCCCGUCCCGCUCCGCCCGCCCCGCCCCGCCCCCGAGCCCUGCCCCGCCACCACCGUGCCCCGCCCCCGAGCCCCGCCACCACCGUGCCCCGCCCCCACCGUGCCCCGCCCCCGAGCCCCGCCACCACCGUGCCCCGCCCCCGAGCCCCGCCACCACCGUGCCCCGCCCCCGAGCCCCGCCACCACCGUGCCCUGCCCCGCCACCACCGUGCCCCGCCCCCGAGCCCCGCCACCACCGUGCCCUGCCCCGCCCCGCCCGGCCCCGCCACCACCGUGCCCCGCCCCCGAGCCCCGCCACCACCGUGCCCCGCCCCCGAGCCCCGCCCCCGAGCCCCGCCCCGCCCCCGCCACCACCGUGCCCCGCCACCACCGUGCCCUGCCCUGCCCCGCCACCACCGUGCCCCGCCACCACCGUGCCCCGCCCCGCCCGGCCCCGCCACCACCCCCCGCCACCACCGUGCCCCGCCCCCGAGCCCCGCCACCACCGUGCCCCGCCCCCGAGCCCCGCCACCACCGUGCCCCGCCCCCGAGCCCCGCCCCCGAGCCCCGCCACCACCGUGCCCUGCCCCGCCCCGCCCGGCCCCGCCACCACCGUGCCCCGCCCCCGAGCCCCGCCACCACCGUGCCCCGCCCCCGAGCCCCGCCACCACCGUGCCCCGCCCCCGAGCCCCGCCACCACCGUGCCCCGCCCCCACCGUGCCCCGCCCCCGAGCCCCGCCACCACCGUGCCCCGCCCCCGAGCCCCGCCACCACCGUGCCCCGCCCCCGAGCCCCGCCACCACCGUGCCCUGCCCCGCCACCACCGUGCCCCGCCCCCGAGCCCCGCCACCACCGUGCCCUGCCCCGCCCCGCCCGGCCCCGCCACCACCGUGCCCCGCCCCCGAGCCCCGCCACCACCGUGCCCCGCCCCCGAGCCCCGCCACCACCGUGCCCCGCCCCCGAGCCCCGCCACCACCGUGCCCUGCCCCGCCCCGCCCGGCCCCGCCACCACCGUGCCCCGCCCCCGAGCCCCGCCACCACCGUGCCCCGCCCCCGAGCCCCGCCACCACCGUGCCCCGCCCCCGAGCCCCGCCACCACCGUGCCCUGCCCCCGAGCCCCGCCCCCGAGCCCCGCCACCACCGUGCCCUGCCCCGCCCCGCCCGGCCCCGCCACCACCGUGCCCCGCCCCCGAGCCCCGCCACCACCGGAGAAGGCCGAGGUCUCCCAACGUAUCCAGACAACUGAGCAAACCCCGGGGGCUUCGACCCCAGGCGAGGCCCUGCUCCACAUCAGAGAGAGCCAGCAGCUGGAGGUGCAGAAUGCAGUGGCCGUGGCCUUGAUUUGGGAGGUUGCAGUCCUUCAGCGAUGA